AUGCCCCCCUCUAACCCAAAGCCCCAUCCAUUCCCCCAAAGCUCCAUCCAUACAUCACUGCUCCAUCCCCUACCCAAUACCCCAUUGCCCAUCCACACACCAAGUCCGAUCCACACUCAGUCCCUAAAACAAACCCCCCAAAUUUUCCACUGCCCAUCCACUAAACCAGUGCUUAAACCCCUACACCACUGCCCCAUUUCCCUUACCCGUCACUCCACUUCACCACUGCCCCCUCCACUCACCACUGUCCAUCCCCAAAAACACUGCAUCAUCCACUACACCCUGCCCCAUCCCUACACCACUGUCCCCCCCUACACCACGUCCCAUCCACUACACCACGUCCCAUCCCAAAACACCCCUGCCAUCCACACCCACUGCAUCAUCCCUCACCAAUGCCCACCAGACACCCCUGUCCCACCCCUACGUCCUGCUCACCCCUUCACCACUGUCACUCCCUACCCACUUCCCAUCCCCUACACCACUGAUCAUCCACUCCUCACUGCCCAUCCACUACACCCCCUCCCCUCCACUACACACUGCCCAUCCCUACCCGCUGUCACAUCCAUACACCCCUGUCCAUCCACUACCCAUGCACAUCCACACAUCACUGACCCACCACAACCCCUGCCCCAUCCCCUACCCCACUGCCCCACCACUACCCGCGUCCUCCCCUACACCCCCUGUCCUCCACUACACCAGUGCCCACCUCUACCCACGCCCCCUCCACUACAAACCCAAAGCAUCACCAUACCCGUGCCCUACCCAAACCCCCUGUCCCCCAUACCCCCCCUGCAUAUCCCUACACCACUUCCCCUCCCACACCAUGCCACAUCCCCUACCCACUUCCCCCUUACUACACCCCGGCCAUCCACUACACCACUGCCCCAUCCCCACCCAAUAAAUUCCAUACACCACUGGCCCAUCCACUACACCAAUGCCACAUCGAAUUUUCUACUAUCCCAUCCACUACACCACUGCCACAUCCAUUACACCAAUGUCCCAUCCACUUCACCAAUGCCCCAUUCACUACAACACUUCCCCUUCCACUACACCAAUGCCCCAUCCACCACACCCAAAACCUCAUCCCUAACCAUGCCCCUCCCCUACACCCCCGCCCAUCCAUCAUCACUGCCCAUCACUACACACUGCCCAUCCACUAACCUGCCUCAUACUCCCAAUGUCACUCCCUACAUCACCGCCUCCCCUACACCCAAAGCCCAAUUUUUCCCAAAUUUCCAUGCCCCCUCUACUCACCCAAAGCUGCAUCCACCAUCACUGCCCCAUCCCAACCCUGCCACAUCCAAUUUGCCACUGUUCCAUCUACUACACCAGUGCCCCAUCCACUACACCACUUCCCCCUCCAAUUUACCACUUCCCCCCCUACCCAUGUCCCUCCACUACACCCCUGCCCCUCCCUUCACCACUCCCCUCCACUCACCAUUGUUCCAUCCACUACACUAG